UCAUGCUGCUGCCAGGUCCAGAGUCUCUCAUGGGUCCCUGUACGGCCUCCCAUUGCUGCUGUCUCCAUCGCCACACUCUGCCAUGUGCCACUUUCAGGUCUCCUCACACUGCUGGUGUAUUCCAUUUUUUGUCAUAGGGUGCUGGCAGAUUACGGGCCUCCCAUAGCUGCUGCCAGGCCCCUAAUCUGCCAUGGGCCCCUAUACCGCCUCCUCCUCAUGCUGCUGCCAGGUCCAGAGUCUGUCAUGGGUCCCUGUACGGCCUCCCAUUGCUGCUGUCUCCAUCGCCACACUCUGCCAUGUGCCACUUUCAGGUCUCCUCACACUGCUGGUGGGUUCCAUUUUUUG